AUGACGGCGUUCAGAGCAGCUCGAGAGGUAGCUAGCGCAAUUCUUAAUAUGCUGAAAGAGAGCUUGGAGCUCUGUCCGCUGGAAGUGAAGAUAAUCGGAUCGAACCAGCCGCUGUCGGCCGGCAAGAGGUACGAGCUGGUCUGCACCACUUCCGGCUCCAGGCCACCGGCCACGGUAACCUGGUGGAGGAACGAGCAGCGUCUGUUGGAGACCAAGGAGACUACCUCCAGCGAUGGGAACACGACCACCAGUAUCUUAUCUUUCAUGGCGACCAAAGCAGAUGCUGGUAGACAAUUGUCGUGUCGGGCUGAAAAUCCAAUCAUGGGAACCGAGUCGAUAAAGGACGACUGGGUGCUCGAGAUACAGUACACACCGGAAACGCGGAUACAGCUGGGCACAUCGUUGAAUCCCAACGCGAUCCGCGAGGGAACCGACGUCUACUUUGACUGCCUAAUACACGCAGAGCCAACGGUUUAUAAAGUUGAAUGGCGGCACUUGGGGAGAACUCUUCAUCACAACAUCACGCAGGGUAUCAUAAUCAGUAAUCAAAGCCUGGUGUUGCAAGGCGUCGACCGUAAAAGCGCAGGCAAUUACACUUGCGUCGGGUACAACACGGAAGGAGACGGAGAGAGCUCUCCGUUUUAUUUGAACGUAAUGUACGCACCCACCUGCAAACCAAAUCAGACAAAGGUGCACGGCGUGGCGAAACAAGAAAAGGCAAACAUAUCUUGCCAAGUGGACGCGAACCCGCCUGAGGUUCAAUUCCGCUGGACCUUCAACAAUUCCGCCGAGAGUAUCGACGUGGCCGCCGGUCAUAUCGCCAGGGCAGGCACAUCCUCCAUCGUCUCAUACACACCCAUGACCGAAUUGGAUUACGGCACGUUGCUCUGCUGGGCCACCAAUCGAAUUGGACAUCAACAAGUGCCCUGCGUCUAUCACAUCAUACCGGCCGGUCGACCAGAUAUGGUUCACAACUGCACCACUUCGAACACCUCGACGAAUUCGUUCUCAGUGAGAUGCGCGGAGGGAUUCAAUGGUGGUCUGCCGCAGUCCUUUCUUCUCGAAGUAAGGGAGAGCAACAGCCAGGAAUUGCGUGCUAAUCUGACAUCGACGGUGCCGCGUUUCAGCGUUACUCACCUGGAAUCCGGCGCACUUUACCAGGCCUGCAUAUAUGCAUACAACGAUAAAGGACGUAGCGAGGCGAUGGUAGUGCAGGCUGGAACCCUCAGGCUGCCUGAAAAACAAUUAACGUCUGAGUCAGAGAGACCAAGACAGAACAUCAGACUAAUGCCGAUGCUGAGCGUUAUGAUCGGUGUGGUGACCGCUCUGAUCAUCGUUGCGGUGAUAGUGAUGAUCGUGCUCAGAAUUCAGCACACGCAGGUGGACGAGCAGAGCAAGUCUCAAAUGGAGGAUCACAGCAAACAAACGAAAACGAUCCCCAUCCAACGGGAGCUGAGGUUUCGCGAGGGAAGCAGUCUGCUCACGGAUGAAAAACAUCCUAGCAGUCCAUUCAGGAAGUUAGAGAGCAGCGGUGACAUAAGCGAAAAUGACGAGAAGAAUCCGGACAUCAUACCUCAGCAAAUCACUGGCGACGAACCGUCCGAGUACCUGAGGAAGAGGCGACUCGUGUCGACGAUCGAAACGUCGCCAUCGAGAAGUUUGCUAGAGCAUUCGACGGUCACUUCCGUCAGUGGUCACGGCAGUUAUGUUGGCUACUGCACCAUUCGCAACGGCAUGCCGUUGCACGAGUUCUCGAAUCUGACGACGAAACAUAAAAGCUUUCAGCCUAUAGUGGGCGACGACUAUCAAAGUGGCAUUUGCACACUGCCGAGACAACACUGGCCAAACCAAAGCGUUCAAUCGAUGUCCAUGACGAUGAGUCCACCGAUGCUGUAUACCGGCCUCGGUGUCGUCAGCAGGACUUGUCCCAGCGGUACUCUUCUGACCAAGGAUGUCGAGGCGAGGAUUCCCGCGCAAUGUUGCAUACAAUCGCAGAAAGAUGGGAAGAUAAGCACACCGAUUGUGAUGGCUAAAAGAGAGAGCUCUGUGUGA